AUGACUACCCCUAGUGUCCUCGCUUUUGACGCUGAGGGUCGGGCCAUCGACUUUGAGGUCUGGGUAGACGACCUGCAGCUGUUCUUACGGUGCGAUAGGGCAGACGACCUCUCUCUCUUUGACCUCACCUCUGGCGCUUCCCCUGCCCCUGCUGCUGAUGCUGACGCCACUGUUCGCUCCCAGUGGGCCACGCGCGACGCUGCUGCAUGUCUUGCUGUGCGUCGCCACCUCCCUACCUCCGAGCGUGAGCUUUUUAGUCAGUACAAGAGUGCUCAGACCUUGGGUGUUCCCCCUCCCCCCUGCUGCCCUCUGUUGCCUAUGCUGCUACGGCCGACCUCCUUGGUCUUGAGUCGGUCGGUGCGGCAUCUGCCCCUAGCGGGAGACGCCGCCCUGGCAAGGGCAAGGGGGGCAAGGGAGCAGGAGGAGCGGGCAGUGGAGGUGGAGGUGGAGGCGGUGGGGGUAGUGGGGGUGGCGGUGGGAGUGGAGGUGCGGGUGGGGGGGUCAAUGGCGGCGGUGGAGGCGGAGGCGGCGGCGGCGGUGGCGGUGGGAGCGGAGGUGGCGGAGGAGGCGGCGGUGGAGGCGGCGGUGGAGGCGGCGGUGGAGGCGGCGGCAGUAGCGGAGGCGGCGGAGGCGGUGGGGGUGGCGGUGGAGCUGGUCGCGGGCCUUCGCAGAGGAGUCGCUCCGCGGGGUGGGGGUUUUGGUCCGUGCACCUACGUCUUGCGCACCGGCGACCGUGCGAGUGAGCAGUGUGGGGGUCCGCACCCCACCCAGCGCUGCUUUGGCCGCCUGACGGACGCGUGGCGUCACCAGUUCCCAGAGGCCUCAGAGAUUCCUUGCUGGGGCGAGCUGUCUAGGGCGGGUGUUGCCAUCUUUGAUCUUGACUUUGAUGCUAUUCUAUCUGCCAUGUAUGCUGUGUCUCAUAGUGAUGAGGGUGACUGCUACCGCUGUUUCCCGCCCGAUCCGGGCAUUGAGGCUGCUGCCCUAGGUGCUUGCGACGCUGCUGCUCUAGGUGCUAGUGUGUCUGCGUCCUCAGGUACUGGUGAGUCUGCGCUCUCAGGUACUACGUCGGCUUUGGCCUCCCUCACCUUCACUCUUGACUCUGGGGCGUCUCGCUCCUUCUUUCGGGACCGCACCACACUCACGCCGCUUAGUCGGCCGGUUGCGGUGUCUCUGGCUGACCCCUCCGGGGGUCCUGUACUGUCUCGCUUCUCCACAGUCCUCCCGUGUCCGGCGGCUCCCUCUGGCACCCUGUCUGGUCUCUACCUCCCCUCGUUCUCGACGAACCUGGUGAGUGGUGCUGACCUACAGGAUGGGGGAGUACACCAGUUCACUCCUGCGCGUCAGCGGGGACGCCAGCGGGCUGCCCCCCACUCCUCCCAGUUUCCUCCGACAGAGGCCCCGUUGCAGACGCUUCACAUGGACGUGUGGGGCCCGGCCCGCGUCCGUGGACAGGGUCACGAGCGCUACUUCCUGCUCGUUGUUGACGACUACUCGCGUUACACCACGGUCUUCCCCUUGCGCAGCAAGGGUGAUGUCACUGAGGUGCUGAUCGACUGGAUCCGCGCGGCUCGUCUCCAGCUCAGGCGGAGCUUUGGCUCGGACUUCCCUAUUCUGCGUCUGCACUCGGACAGAGGCGGAGAGUUUUCCUCUGGCCUACUGCGAGCCUACUGUCGCGCAAGAGGCAUCCGUCAGACCUUCACGCUUCCGGACUCACCGCAGCAAAAUGGGAUUGCUGAGCGCCGCAUUGGCAUGGUCAUGGACGUCGCUCGUACGUCUAUGAUGCAUGCGGCUGCCCCCCAUUUUCUGUGGCCGUUUGCGGUCAGGUACGCGGCGCAUCAGAUCAACCUCCACCCCAGGGUCUCCAGGUCGGAGACCUCCCCAGCCUUACUGUGGACGGGGAAGGUUGGCGAUGCGUCGGCGUUCCGGGUCUGGGGAUCACGGGCGUUUAUCCGCGACUUGUCUGCGGACAAGCUGUCCCCUCGUGCUGCUCCUUGCGUCUUCCUUGGGCUCCCCCCUGACGCGCCUGGGUGGCAGUUCUACCACCCCACCUCUCGACGUGUUCUGUCCUCCCAGGCCGUCACGUUUGACGAGUCGGUCCCCUACUACCGCCUCUUCCCCUACCGCACUCCGUCCCUCCCCCCACCCCCGCUCUUCCUUGUACCAGGUCCCCCCCAGGUAGACUCCCUCCCCCCUCAGGGUCCUGCCCCUUCAGGUGUGUCCCAGGUAGAUGCAGUCGAGCCUGUCGAGGUCACUGGUGACUCUGGUGGUGCUAGGGGUGCUGAGCCUGGGGGUGCUCGACCUGGGGGUGCGGAGUCUGGGGGUGCUGAGCCUGGGGGUACUGCGUCUGGGGGUGCUGAGCCUGGGGGUACUGAGCCUGGGGGUGCUGAGCUUGGGGGUGCUGAGCUUGGGGGUGCUACGCCUGGGGGUGCUGAGCUUGGGGGUGCUACGCCUGGGGGUGCUGGGAGUGGAGGUGCUCCGCCUGGAGGUUCUCCGGGUGCUUCUUCUCGCCGGGAGCCACUCUCUCCACAGGAGCUGCACGAGUGGUUUGCCCGGCGCUGGCGCCGUACUGCUGGUGCUGGAGGUUCUUCGGCUGCUGAGGGUGCUGCGGUCGCGGCUGGUGCUGCUGAGGGUGUUGGCGCUGAGACUACCGCUGGCGGUCCUACUGGGGGUGCUCCUGGUGCUGCUGGAGGUGCUGCUGGAGCGGGUGCUCCUGCUGAUGGUACUGGUGCUGUACCUGCUGCUUCUGGCGUCAUCACGCGGCCUCGUCCGUACUUUGUUCCACUCCUGCAGCAGGUUCUUGGUCUUCCACCUUCUACUGGUCCUCCUCCUCCCUUAGAGUGUCCACAGCCUGUCCCGUCACAGUCACAGCUACAGCCUGCCUCCCCUCUGCCUGCUCCUUCUCCCUACGCUGGUCCUACUGGAGGUCUUACUGAGCGUCGUGAGCCUACGUCUCGUCCUGCGUCGGCUGUUAGAGCUGCUCGCGCUAGUGGUCGCGGUUCGCGCCAGCGUCCUCCUCCUGUCCCUGGCACGCACCGGAUGUCUCUGCGUCCGUCUACUGCUCCUCUGCGUGCCCCUUUGCCUUCCCCUCCUGAGUCCUCUCUUCCUGCACUUGCCGACCACGUCCUUGAGGACAAGCAGGAGGAGUUCCAGUGUUUGGCAGCUGCUUCACCUCAUCUCGUGUCCGUACUGCUUACCCCUGAGGGAGACCCGGAUGCACUUGACAUCCCGACUCCGCGCUCUUACGCGGAGGCGAUAGAGGGUCCCUACUCCUCUCAGUGGCAGGCAGCUAUGGAUGCAGAGAUGGCUUCCUGGAAGUCCACAGGCACCUACGUUGACGCUGUCCCCCCUCCUGGGGCGAACAUCGUCAGUGGCAUGUGGAUCUUCAGGGUGAAGCGGCCGCCGGGUUCUCCGCCAAUCUUCAAGGCGCGUUACGUGGCUCGUGGCUUCAGUCAGCGGCAGGGAGUUGACUACUUUCAGACCUUCUCCCCCACCCCGAAGAUGACCACUCUUCGGGUGCUGCUGCACAUUGCUGCUCACCGUGACUACGAGCUCCACUCUCUCGACUUCAGCACAGCUUUCUUGCAGGGCAGCCUGCACGAGGAGAUCUGGCUGCGCCGCCUAUCUGGCUUCACUGGGUCUUUCCCUCUUGGUACCCAGUGGAGUCUCCGGCGUCCAGUCUACGGUCUCCGCCAGGCGCCACGUGAGUGGCACGACACACUGAGGACUACGCUUGCGGCUCUUGGGUUUGCUCCUUCUACUGCCGACCCGUCGCUGUUUCUGCGCACCGACACCUCUCUGCCGCCGUUCUACAUCCUCGUGUACGUCGAAGACUUGGUCUUUGCCACACCUGACACUGCUGGACUCGCCUACGUGAAGUCCGAGCUGCAGAAGCGACACACGUGCACAGACCUGGGUGAACUGCGCAGCUACCUUGGCUUGCAGAUCACCCGGGACAGAGCACGCCGCACCAUUACCCUGACUCAGUCACACAUGGUGCAGCAGGUCCUUCAGCGCUUUGGCUUCACGUACUCCUCGCCUCAGUCCACUCCUCUGCCUACUCGCCACUCACUCUCAGCUCUGCCUUCGGAUGAGUCCGUAGAGUCGAGUGGCCCGUAUCCAGAGCUUGUUGGCUGCCUCAUGUACCUGAUGACCUGCACACGACCUGACCUUGCAUACCCUCUUAGCAUUCUUGCACGCUAUGUUGCUCCUGGGAGACACCGACCAGAGCACAUGGCUGCAGCGAAGAGGGUGUUGCGCUACUUGUGCAGUACGUCAGGCAUGGGGCUAGUGCUUGGAGGGCAGAGUUCAGUGGUCCUCACUGGGCACGCAGACGCUUCUUGGGCUGACGACCAGGCUACGCAGCGGUCAUCACAGGGUUACACCUUCAGCCUUGGUUCCGGCUCUCUUUCGUGGCGGGCUACCCGCUCGUCUUCUGUUCUCGACUCCAGUUGUGAGGCUGAGAUCUACGCCGGGGCUAUGGCUGCCCACGAGCUUCGCUGGCUCACCUACCUGCAGACCGACCUUGGAGAGCCGCCUCGUUCUCCUCCAGUCCUGUACGUAGACAACAAGGCCAUGCUGGCCUUGUGUCGAGAGCAGCGACUGGAGCACAGGACAAAGCACAUUGCUCUCCGUUACUUUCUUGCUCGUGAGCUACAGCAGCGUGGAUAG